UCGCAGAUCAAAAUGCAGCGGUAAAUGCCGGAAAAUUUUGCAUAAACUUUUGUGAAAUUUCAAGUGCGUCUGUGUGAGUGUGCAGCAGCGCAAUUCUAUGUGUGUGUGAGUGUGUGUCGAGUGCGCUGGUAUUGAAAAAAUCUAUCUCUUCGCUACGCAUUUUCACCCCCCGUUUUUGCGUAUUUGAUCUCUCUUCCUCUUCUUCUGUAUCAGCAUAGCCGCCUGCGUACGUGUGUAUGUGUGUGCGUUCUCCGCUUUCGUUUUUUAAUUCUUUGUUUAUAUUUACGUAUAGUUUGUUUGGGGGCCACCAGUUUUAUUGUUGUUACCCGAUGGCGAAUGGUUUUCCGAGUUUUGAUUUAAGCGGUGUAAAAAUAGUUCCCGAUUUCGAUUCUGGGAUUCCCAAAAGCUUUUACCGUCUGCUCCACCACAUUCACCAUCGUUAAUCAAAGUGCCAUCAUUUUGUAUGACCCGCCAGCAGUCAAUACCUUUCGGAAAACCGUGAAAAUCAUGUAGAAGGUGAAACUUUAGUAUUAGGUGGAGAUAAUAUCAGAACGUGCGGAAUCCUAAUUGGGAAUAUAAUGUUAAAUGCCUUCGACAUGUUCUUUUUCACAGCCGCUGCCAAACUGCAUUGCCGUCCUAAUUGGCUUUUAAAUUAAAACAAUAUUUUACGUAAUUACAGUUAGGCUUUUAAAAGGACAUAAACUUUAUCUUUUCUAAAUCAAAUUCGGGAUUGGAAGUUUGAAGGAAUCUUUGCAUAGUUAAUUUAUACUAAUACUUAAAUUUACUUUACCAUUGCUGAUGAUGUUGGCUUGAUAACCCAGUUUUCCAACACAAAGCUGAUGUUUACAGAUCAUUUAUAUUAUAUAUUAGUACAAAAUACAUGUUCUUAAAGACUACUGUAUUUUUAUAUUUAAAAUUAAGAAAGUCUUUUUGAAAACUGACAUUUUUGGGACUGUUUUAUUAAGAACUGUGUCCAUAUCCUAUUUAUCUUUUACAUUAUUAUAUUGCACCUGUGCCAGGGUGAUAUCUUGAUUGCCCUGUUCAUAAAUUUGACGCAAAUGGCCUAAUUUAGAACCGCGGGCACUUGCUCGCAUAAAUAUCUAAGCCGCAUUAUUUGUUUUCCAAACAUUCGGCUGCCCCCACUCAUUUUUUCUUUGGUUUUUGCGCUCAUUCUUCUCUCUACUUUUGGGAGAUUUUUCCUCGAAAUAGUUUUCCCCCCAGUUGAAUUUUGGCGCCCGCGUUGAUCGGUUGUGCAGUCGGUAAAAUCAUUCGUGUUUGGCUUUUGGAAAAUGUGCCGUGCAAAGUCGUGGGUUUAUUUUUAGCCAACGUGCUGAUUUCCACACUCGCAGUGCUCCAAAUCGGAUUGAGAAUCGACAACUGCCAAAUUAAUUGCACAUCCUCAGGCUCUAAGGUCAAUCGACAAGAAGGGAGAGUUCCAGCAGCCGUGGAAUCGGUUAUAUAAUCCAUGAAAGAUAAAAAUGCCCAGCAAAUUUCAUAGGAAAAGUUCUCCCGGAGGUGGAGGCGGCGGAGGAGUGGGCGGGGCGUCCAGCGUUUCCUCUACACCAAGCAAUCAGCCCCGGAAGCGAGUGAAACGCUGCUGCCGGAACUUCUGCACCUUCAUGUGUACCCAGGUUGGCGUGGGCGCCCUGAUCGUGAUAUAUGCCAUCUGUGGAGCCUUCGCCUUCAUGCACAUAGAGCGCCAGUUCGUGGACGAGACCAGUGGCCAUGUGAUGGAGCUGCGCAGGAAGUGCUCCCAGCAGCUGUGGAACAUCACGGAGGAGCACAAUCUCAUCGAUCGCCCUCGCUGGACGGAGGCCACGAAUGCGGUUCUGCGGGACUACCAGGCGCAAAUAGCCGGGGUCGUCAAGCACGGCUAUGUGGGCCGUAGUCCCGACCAAAUAUGGAGCUUUCCGGCGGCCCUCAUGUUUUGCCUGUCGGUGAUAACCAUGAUCGGCUAUGGCAACAUGGUGCCCAGGACUCCGUGGGGCAAGGGAUUCACCGUGAUCUACGCCACUUUCGGAAUACCCCUGUACAUUUUGUACUUCUUGAGCAUGGGACGAGUGCUUGCCCGCUCGUUCAAGUUCCUCUACCGCUCCAUGCACGACUGCACCCAGGAGCAUCCGCGCGUAGAUCGCCUCGACGCCCUCGAGGGAGGUGUGACCAUGGCCCGCAAGAAGGUCAUUGUGCCGUCCACCGCCUGUCUGUGGGUAAUAUUCUUCUACGUCCUCACCGGCACAGUGAUGUUUGCCAAUUGGGAGAAGUGGAGCUUCCUGAACAGCUUUUACUUCUGCAUGACGUCGCUGUGCAAGAUUGGAUUCGGGGACUUUGUGCCGGGUGCCUCGCUGACCACCUCGGCGGAUGUGAAUGCGGCGUCGCACAAGCUGCAGGAGGACAUCGCCGCCGAUCCUGCCGAGCUGGCACAGCUGCAGUCCGUGGCCGCCGACCAGCACUCGAAGCUGGCCAUUAACUUCGUUUACAUGCUGCUGGGCAUGGGUCUGGUGGCCAUGUGUCGCAACUUGAUGCGCGAGGAGGUGCGCUUAAAGGCGCGAGAGAUGCGCGAAGACGCCAAGUUGUGCAUGGAGGACACACGGCUGCGAUUUGUCGGCUGCUGCGGGAAUCCCCGGGAUGCCUACCAGGACGAUUACUACUAG